CUUGGAAGUUCUUUCAAACACUUCACAACAAUUUGCUAUUAUCUUUUGCUCUCCAGGAGCUGCAAUGCAGGCACUCCUAAACUCGUUGUCCUCAGUUUAUUUCACACUAAAUGCUCCUAAAAUGGCUAUCACCACUGGUUCUUUUCUAAAGGAUCCAAACCUAUAUAUGAAAUCUGCAAAUGGGUACUCUUCCUUAUCUCUUUCGGCCCCAUUUACUACGCACAAGCUCUCUUUUGGAUUUAGGGACUCGGUGAUAGUGGGGGCAAAGAACAGCAAGAACAAGAAGGCAGACGGUCACAGCUUUGUGCCAAAGCCAGACGAGGCCACUGGGCCUUUCCCUGAAGCUGUGCUCCUUAAAGAGAAGAAAGUUCAGGAUGGUAAACUUCUGCCUGAGUUUGCUGAUGAAGAAGAAGAAAAACUCUAUGAAACUCUGAUGCUUCAGCUAGAAAGUGAAACAGUUGUGGAACAAAUGCGCCACUAUGAAGUGGUUUAUUUAAUUCAUGAAAAGCAUGCAGAAGAGGUUGGAAAUGUUAAUGAGAAAGUUCAAGAUUUUUUAAGGGAGAAGAAAGGCAAGAUAUGGAGACUGAGUGAUUGGGGUAUGAGAAGAUUAGCAUACAAGAUACAGAAAGCCAAGAAUGCCCACUACAUCUUAAUGAACUUCGAGUUAGAAGCAAAAUGGAUUAAUGAUUUCAAGAGCAUGCUAGACAAAGAUGAAAGGGUCAUUCGGCAUCUUGUGAUAAAGAGGGAUGAGGCAAUUACAGAGGAUUGCCCUCCACCCCCCGAGUUCCACACCCUGCGUGCAGGUACAGAUGAUUAUGAUGAAGAGGAAGAAGAUAUUGAUUAUGAUGAUGCCUAUGACUAUGAAGAUGGCAAAGAGGAUUGGGAUGGGGAAGGUGAGGCUGAGAUGGAAGAUUAUGAUGAUGAAACUGAGGAUGGGAUUAUUGCUGUCAAGAAUGAAGCUGGUGACAGAGAACAUAAGAAUAAUAUAUCGGCUAUUGCAAGAAAUAAGGGAAGAAAGAAUCUGAGAUCUGAGAAAGUAGGUAGGUAAUGUUUUGUUCUAAACUUAUACUAUGUUUUUUGGUUUGUGAGAAUCUCAUAUUAGGUUGAUGUGCAUUGUACUUCAUGUAUAAAUUUGACUGUCUUUAAUUGUAUUUCAAUAAAGAUAUGAAAUCGUGCAAUCUAUUGAAUA